GGCUGCCACACCCACACAUGAGCUGCAGCAACUCUAUAAAGUCAGACUAUUCUGCAACUUCCUUAAACUCUUCUCCCAUCUUCACCAGGUCGUUCAGGAGUCAGAGUGGUGUGUAUAGAAGAGGGAAGACCCAGACCAGAGCUCUAACGUACUACAGAAGUCACAGCCCUACAGUAACAUACAGGACCAUCUUCUGAGAGGAGGCUCAGGAGAAGAGCAACAUUCACAAAAACACAGGAAACACCUGAAGAAAGUUUCACCCUCAGAAAACACAGAUGUACACCGACAGACGCAACACACACACUUCCACAGACAGAUAACUCAAGGAACUCCCAAGCUCACUCAUUCAUCUAGUCAGAUCAUUUCCUCUUGAAGGACAACAGUCAAUCAACCAACUGACAAAUCAAUCAACCUAUCAUCCAAUCAGGAUGUCUCGUUGGGGCCGUAAAGACGUGAAGAAGACUCCCGAGGUGAUCAGGACAGUGACAGAGGGGUUAAAGUCUCUGUACCAUCAGAAGCUCCUCCCCCUGGAGCAGCACUACGGUUUCCAUGACUUCCACUCUCACUCCUUGGAGGACGCAGACUUUGACAACAAACCCAUGGUUCUGGUGGUGGGGCAGUACUCCACUGGCAAGACUAGCUUCAUCAAGUAUGUGUUGGAGCAGGAUAUCCCAGGAAGCAGGAUAGGACCAGAGCCCACCACUGACUGUUUCACAGCCAUCAUGCACGGUGAGGUGGAGGGGGUUAUCCCAGGCAACGCUCUCAUCGUCGACCCCAACAAACCCUUCCGCAAUCUCAACCCCUUCGGAAACACCUUCCUGAACAGGUUACAGUGUGCCCAGCUGCCCAAUCAGGUACUGGAGAGCAUUAGCAUUAUCGACACGCCGGGGAUCCUGUCAGGAGCGAAACAGAGGGUGAGCCGAGGUGAGAAGAGCAAGGCUCAGGAGUGGACGGGUCAAGGCUAUGACUUCCCAGCGGUGCUGCGAUGGUUUGCAGAGCGCGUUGACCGCAUCAUACUCCUGUUCGACGCCCACAAGUUGGAGAUCAGUGAUGAGUUCUCCGAAGCCAUCGGAGCGCUGCGGGGUAAUGAGGAGAAACUGCGUGUCGUCCUGAACAAGGCUGACAUGGUGGGAACACAACAGUUGAUGAGAAUAUACGGCGCUCUAAUGUGGUCUCUGGGCAAGGUGUUCAACACCCCAGAGGUCGUGAGGGUGUAUAUCGGGUCGUUCUGGUCCGAGCCGCUGCUGGUCCCUGAUAACCGUCGUCUGUUUGAGCUGGAGGAGGAGGAUCUGUUUAGUGACAUCCAGAAUCUUCCUCAUAACGCAGCCCUCAGGAAGCUCAACGACCUGGUGAAGAGGGCACGGCUGGUCAGGGUGCAUGCCCACAUCAUAAGUUACCUGAAGAAGGAGAUGUCAACCUUCAGGAAGGACAAUAGGAAGAAGAACCUGAUCUACCAACUUCCUGUCAUCUUCUCCAAGAUCCAGCUGCAGCACCACAUCUCUGCUGGGGACUUCCCUGACUGUGCCAAGAUGCAGGAACAGCUGUUGACCCAUGACUUCAGUAAGUUCAAGCCCCUGAAACCGUCCCUGAUGGUUGCUCUGGACGAGCUGCUGGCAUCCGACAUCGCCAAGCUGAUGCCCCUGCUGCGCCAGGAGGAGAUCAACAUGGGGGUGCAGCCAGUGGUGCAGGGGGGGGCUUUCCUGGGAACCCGCGCCGGGCCCUUCGUGAAGAACGACCCAUUCGGAGACGUGGAGAAGGAGGGCGAGGAUGGGGGCGAGAUGGCCUGGGUGGUGACCAAGGACAAGCCCAAAUAYGACGAGAUCUUCUACAACCUGGCGCCCAACGAGGGCAAGCUGAGYGGCACCAAGGCCAAGGACUGGAUGGUGAGCACCCGGCUGCCUAACUCCGUACUGGGGAGGAUCUGGAAGCUGUCGGAUGUGGACCGAGAUGGCAUGCUGGAUGACGAGGAGUUUGCCCUGGCCAGCCACCUGAUCGAGGUGAAGUUAGAGGGGCAUGGUCUGCCCCCUGAACUGCCCGCCCGUCUGGUGCCCCCCUCCAAGCGCAGGCAGAAAGGAUCUGAUAUAUAGAGAGACUACUUUAACACACCCUUUGGAGCUGAGAGUAUAACCCUCUGACAGCUGACACACACACUACUGCCCCCCCCCACGUUGUCACCUAGUCACCUAGUCCCCCACGUUGUCACCUAGUCCCCCACGUUUUCACCUAGUCACCUAGUCCCCCACGUUGUCACCUAGUCCCCCAUGUUUUCACCUA